GAAUACCAUUCCUCAAUCGAACUCAAAUCCAAUUUACCAAUUCAUCAAUCCAUCCAAUCCAUCCAAUCCAUCACGAUGAGUCUUGAUUCAAAUCAACAAGAAAUAAUCAAAAAACUAAAAACAACUUCAACUAUCACUUCAUCAACCACUUCACCACCUUCUGAUUCUGAUUCAGAUUCUAAUGCUAAUUCGAUCACUUCAUCAAACCCAUCAUCAUCUAAAUCUAAAUCAAAACCAAAACCAAAAUCACAUUCAACUAACAUCCAUCCAUCAAAUCUAAUCAAUCAAACUGAAACUAAUCAUCAUCAAAGUAAUACUCAAAGUAAUAGUAAUAGUAAUAGUAAUCUAAGUAGUAAUAGUAAUAGUAAUCUAAGUAGUAAAAGGUUAACUAGAUCUACUUAUAUAGGUGAUGAAGAUCAUUCUACUUCAAAUCGAAAAAGAUCAUCAAGUUCAGAUUCAGAAAACGGUUGGAUCCCACCACCACCACUCUUACCACUUCAAACUGAAUUCUUAAUCACUAAUCAACUUUCAAACUCUUCUUUAAUUCAAUCUAUUCAUCAAACCACCAACAAUACUCAUCAUACUUUAAGAUUAGCUCAUUUGAAAUGUCCUGAUUCUUCUUCUACAACUGAUCAGCUUGAUACAACAAGUUCUUUGGAAACACCUAGUUUUAGAUUAAUUCAUGAAUCGGAAUUACUUUUAGGAUCCAAACGUAAUAAAUCAGAAUCGAUUCAAAUGAUCAAAAGUCAACCAAAUGAAAAUGAAAAUGAAAAUCAAGCAUCGAAUUUAAUUUUCUUAAAAAAACAUAAAACAUAUGAAAUGUUAGAAAAAAGAUCAAAACGAUUAGAAAAAGAAAAAUUGAUACAUGAAAGGUUUAAGUUGAAAUCACAUUUGAAUUUGUUAAAGAAUCCAAUGGGAAUUGAUUGGAAGACGGUUAGAUCGAUUACUUUGAGAAGAAUUAAAGAAGAAGAAAGAAGGAUUAAUCAGAAUUUAAAUCAUCUGGCUUCAGAUACCAAUCAUCAUCAGCAGCAUCAGAUUAGUUUGGGUAAUGAUGGCGAAAGAGAGAAUGAAAAGGUUGAAAGGAUGAGAUGGAUCAUGGUAAAAGAAGCUCAAGAAACUUUAGAAAGAUAUGAUAAACUUUUAGAUACACGAAAGCCAGUGAUCAAAGCAAGACAAGUCUUAGCACCACCACCUCCACCACUAAUAUCAAUAUCAGAGACUUUACCGGUCAAUAGUCCUCAAUCAACUUCACCACCUCCAAUAGUGACCCAUAAACGACAAUUACCAGCUUCAGAUCGGAAUGUGUCAAAGAGAAGUAAGACUAAGAUUUGCGAAUCGGAAGAGCCUGUUACUCGACCUUUACAUAUUUCUUUGAAGCUUAAAGCUCCGAUUCCAAAACCAUCGACUUCAGUAUCUAAAACCAAAAUCAAGAUCAAACCUAAAGGAACAGUAUCUUUGAAUACAAAACAAGCGAAAGUAGAAACAGAAUCGUCAUCAGAAGGAGAAGCAGAAGAAGAAACAGAAGAAGAAGAAGAUCGAUCAGUCUCAGAAGUUCCAGAAGAGCCGAACAGAAAACGAACCAAGAGAUCAGGCUCCUUAAACCCAUCAACCAAAGAACCGCAUCCAGCUGGAUCAAUAGUAGUACCGAUAAAAGGAAGAGAAAGUUUAUAUGAAUCAGAGAAUCUUAGAAGAAUGAUUUUGGAAGACGGAUUGAUUGUGGGAGGAGAAAGAAGAAGGAAAGUAGGAAGAAAGGUUUAUGGGUUUGGAGUCAAGGUGCCUGAGUUGAAAUCGAUUAAGUUUGAAAGUUAUUUGAUUAGAUUAGAUUCGAUGUCUUUACAACAAGGAUUAAAGUAUUCACCAUUCUUAAACUUAAAUGAAGUUUUACCUAGCCAUCCAUCGUCAUCAAGUUCGUCUUUAGAAGAGAGUAAGAAGGAAGGGAAUGUGGUACAGGAUGAUGACGAGUUUGGAAAAGAUUGGAUCGAGUUUGAUCCUAGGUUAGAAGAAAUCAAAGCAUUGGUUACCAAGAGAGAUGAGUUUGGAAUGAAUAGUGGGUAUUUUGAUUUGGUUGACGAACUUGAAGGUUUAGAGGAUGAAAUGAAGGUAAAAGGUGAAGGGAAAUCUUUGAGAAGACUUAUGUGGGAAAGAGUGGUUUUAAGUAAAGAAGAAAUUAAUGAUUGA